CGCCGGCAGGAAACGACAACAGGAAGUAGCCGUCCUCCGCUGUUUAAAGGGGGGACAUGCUAAUAAAGCGGCGGACUGUUCAUGGGGAAGUAAAACCGCUGUGAUCCGGACUGUCUGCUCGGUUUGUGUCCACACAUGAGCCCAGCUGUCAGGCGGAGGCCGGUGCUCGGUGCUGACACCGGAUGUGUUCAGCUGAGAGGUCGUUAGGAGCGCCGGUGUCCGGUAAGAGCUAACGCCGGGAGCUAGCGAGCGAGCUAGCUUCGGUGAAUGUCUCCGUGAGGACAGACAGAGAGACAGAGAGGACAGGACAUCACUGACAUGAGUCCAAACACGACAGAGGACCGAGCAGCUUGACCGGCUUUACAGCAGUUCUGUGUUGCAAUGCCGAGCACCGGAGUCCAGCUCUGAGGCCUCGGAGGCAUGAACUCGGUUUCCCCCAGCGCAGCGCAGUACGUGGGGGGAGUGAUGCAGGAUGAGCUGAUGGAGGGCCGGAGGCAGCAGCAGCAGCCGCUGGACCGACAGGGCAGCUUCGGCCUCAGGACGCCGCAGACACUAGAUCCAAGCAGCAGAGAUGCAACCGGAGAGCCCGACGAGAUGGACAGACUGAAAGCCAAACUGAUGUCAGCGUGGAACAACGUCAAAUAUGGCUGGACGGUUAAAUCUAAAACCUCUUUCAACAAGGUGUCCCCAGUCACCGUGCUGGGACACUCGUAUCUGCUCAACAGUGAAGACGAGGUGGAGCGCUUCCGUCUGGCUUUCGUGUCCAGGAUUUGGCUGACCUACAGGAAGGACUUCCCUCAGCUGGAGGGCUCCACAUUGACCACAGACUGCGGCUGGGGCUGCAUGCUGCGCAGCGGGCAGAUGCUGCUGGCGCAGGGGCUCCUGGUCCAUCUGAUGCCCAGAGAUUGGGCUUGGCCGGAUGCUCAGCAGCUAACCGACGUGGACUUUGAGGUCUUCAGGCCUCGUUCCCCAGCCCGUGCCGGAGGAGUCCCCAUCCCCUCCUUCGGCUCCCCGCGAGGAUCCAACACCCCUGAAAAGUCCCCGCCGAGCGAGCAGCGCCCCAAAUGCAGCCAGAAAAAGAGACCCGAGUCUGUGAGGGACAGACAGGCAGAGCCCGUCCACCACAGGUUGGUCACCUGGUUCGGGGAUCAGCCCUCGGCACCUUUUGGGAUCCACCAGCUGGUGGAAGUCGGCAAAAGUUCAGGGAAGAAGGCCGGCGACUGGUACGGCCCCUCUAUAGUGGCACACAUACUACGGAAAGCGGUCGCUAAGACGUCUGCACUCCACAACCUGGCGGUGUACGUGGCUCAGGAUUGUACAGUGUACAAAGAGGACGUGGUCCGUCUGUGUGACCUCUCACUAAGCCAGAACCCGCCCGAUCCGUCCAGCCAAGCCUGGAAGUCCGUCAUCAUCCUGGUGCCUGUGCGGCUCGGAGGAGAAGCCCUCAACCCGUCCUACAUCGAAUGUGUCAAGAACAUCCUGAAGCUGGACUGCUGCACUGGAAUCAUCGGAGGCAAGCCGAAGCAUUCGCUUUACUUCAUCGGCUUCCAAGACGAGCAGCUGCUGUAUCUGGACCCUCACUACUGCCAGCCUGUGGUGGACGUGUCACAAGUCAACUUCUCACUGGAGUCGUUCCACUGUAGCGCUCCCAAAAAGAUGCCCUUCAACCGCAUGGACCCGAGCUGCACCAUCGGCUUCUACGCCAAGAACAAGAAAGACUUUGAGUCUCUGUGUUCUGCCGUCAGUGAGGCGCUGUCGUCAUCGAAGGAGAAGUACCCCAUCUUCACCUUCGUGGAGGGUCGGGGUCAGGAUUACGGACUCGAGGGUCACAGCAGCAAUAACACUGGACCCGCAGCCCACAUCCUGCCCCCGGGCAGGCUGGGCAGGAGCAACAACAGACGAAACAGUGACGAGUUCGUCUUCUUGUAACGCUCUCUGUCCGCUCUCACCUCAUUUCCUUUUCAAAGGGAAGGACUCGAUUCUGUCGACGGUGCAGCUCCGAGGUGGACGUGACGCGUUUGUGCUUCAUCACCUUCAACGUUAAACAAUAGAAAAACAAACUGUGUGGCUUCACCUUCUUCGUGCGUGGGUGGAUGUUGUACGCCGACAGGUGGCUGAGGCGUGAGCAUGGUCAGAAAGCACUUGAAGAAUUCUCCAUUCACUUUAUCAGACACCUAAAGAGCCUCAGAGUCGAGCACGUGUGAGUAAAAUCAGACGCUUUAAAGUCCUCCUGUGUGAACUGGACACGCUGAAGGUGACGUAUGUGUGGUCACUGUUCGGGUGGGGGUGGGUGUUGUUGUAUUAUAAACUAUCUGCUGUAGAUCAUUUAUUUAUCAGUUCCCUGAGUUUGUGUUUGUGUGAGCGAGUGUGGAGUUCGUGCAGUUUGUCUUUAAUGAGUGUGCUGAUUUCUUCCAGGAGCGUCUCGAACAGAUGAAACUCACUCUCGAUCUUUGGCUCUCUCUCUUAUUGAUCGUUAAGAAUAUUAAACACUUCCACGUCUUCUGUUACAAAGCUCCUGAAGAGCUCCGUCACUCGCCGGGUGAAGCAGGAUUCUGGAGUUAUCAGGAUGCUUCAGCAGAGUGAAGCUCGGAGCAGCUUCUGUUCGUGGGUUUUACUUUGUGUUCAUGGAUUCUUCACCUGAUGUUCAAGCUUCUGUUCUGUUUGUUCCUUUUUUUUUUUUUACAUGAAGGCUACUGCGAGUUGCACUACUACUGUUCUUCAGUCUGUUGUCCUGAUUAAACUUCAAACACUGGAAUCACA